CUUGUCCUCGUGUCAUUUUUUCGAAUCAGGCAUUGGACUUGGUACCGAGCAACCUGUACGAAGGGGCCUCCCACCGCCCGAAAUUGCUAUAUUCCAACCCUUUUGGGGUGUCCAACCGCCUCAGCGUCAGAUACGGGGGAAGCCUGAAAGCUGAAACUCGGAUCCUCUCCGCCACGUCGGAUAUUUGCUGGACCAGAAGAGAAUCGCGUGCCUCUUGGCAAGUUGGCAGCGACUUCCGGUGCUCGCGCCCCGUGCAGAUCUGGAUAAGCGGGUGUUCCAGGCUUUUACUUUGAGGGGGUCAGCCUUUUUUUCGAUUCUCUCGGGGAUUCUGCUUUUGGGAGGUUGAUUUCUUGACCUCGCACAAGACAUUCGUUGCUGGUUUCUUGGUUCUUUGCUGAACCGAGACCGGCAAAAGGCUGAUGCGAUGAGGCUCUCGCUAUCCUUGCAGUGCUGGCUAAUAUGCCUGUUCGCCUGGAGAAUAGCCGCCGACAACAAGACUCAACCCAUCUCCAUUUUUCGAUCGAGGCCUGAUUUGUUUGCGCCCAUUCUCAGCGUCUUUCGAAGACAGGCAGAGAAACUCGCGCCGGGCUACUACUUUGUCGCCCCGUACCAAGCAGCCCAGGAAGGCGUCCAUAUAUACGACAACGAUGCUAACCUGAUAUAUUCGGGCUUUGGCAGCGCUGGACCCGGUGUCUCUCACGCGCCCCAGACAUGCAUGUACAAAGGCGAGAUCCAUCUAUGCUUCUAUCAGGGAGUGCAAAUGCUCGGUUGGGGCCACGGCCACGGCCUCAUCAUGGACAAACACUAUCGCAUCGUCAAAUCCAUUGAGCCGGGCAGCUACCAGGCCUCUUCCGACAUGCACGAAUUCAGGAUUAUCAAUGACGGGAAACAAGCGCUCAUGACCCAGUACCUCCGCAGCGUUUACGACAUGUGUCCCUGGAAUCUGUGCGAUGGUCUUGGUUACAUCCAGCAAGGAGCGUUCCAGGAGGUCGACGUCGACACGGGGGAAGUUCUGUUCGAAUGGCACAGCCUGGACCAUGUCCACCCCAGCGAGAGUUGGGUUGGACCGAGUACCACCGAGAUCAGCGGAACUGCUGAACACCCCGACAGUCCCUGGGACUACUUCCACAUCAACUCCAUCGACAAAAACAAGGACGGCGACUACCUGAUCUCGGCGCGCCACACCUCUGCGGUGUAUAAGGUUUCAGGAGUCGAUGGCCACGUCAUCUGGCGUCUGAACGGAGCGAAAUCGGAUUACGCACUCGAGGGCUUCCAGUUCUCUUCCCAGCAUGACGCCCGAUUCAUUUCCGACAACGAAACGCACACCGUGCUCUCCCUGUUCGACAAUGGCACUAACGGCUUCAACCAGACCCAGCCGCAUUCGACGGGCCAGAUCAUUGUGGUGGACCACCGGACGAAAGUAGCGACGUGUCUCUUGAAUCUCGACCCACCGUUCGUCGACGGCCACGCGCACAUCUCCAAAUCCCAGGGCAACAUGCAAAUUCUCCCCAACGGAGGCAUCGUCAUGGGCUGGGGCAACGAUGCCUUCUGGACCGAGUACGCCCCGGACACGUACGAGAUUAUCUUCUACGGGGCGCUUGCGUGGACAAACACCAUGAACUAUCGAGUCCACAAAUUCGACAACUGGGUGGGCAUGCCGCUGACGAAGCCUGCCCUGUGGACGUACUCCAAGGACGGCCGAGAAAUGAUGAUCUAUGCCUCGUGGAAUGGCGCCACGGAAGUCAAGUCGUGGCGGUUCUACGGCGGAGAAUCCAAGCAGGGCCCGUGGGAGGAAAUCUCGACCGUGCCCAAGAACGGGUUCGAAACCAUCUCCAGGCACGACGGGACGUAUACGUACUCGUACGCCGAAGCCCUGGACAAGGAUGGCCAGGUGUUGGGGGCGUCCGCCGUCCAGUCGACCUUCAUCCCCAACGAGCAACUGCGGGAGUACUGCGACGACGUUGCCUGCCGCUUCAUGCCCUCGCCCGAACAGCGGAAGAAAGAGCAGGCAGCAAAGCAGGACAAGGACAACGGGGACAAGCUCAAGCAAGAGCAGGAGAAACUGGAAGCCGACCGGCAGCGGGCCGAGAGGAUCAAGAACGCCGAAAUCUACGGGGGCACGUUCGCUGGGCUCGCCGUCUUCAUCAUCCUGAUCAUCGUGCUGGCGACGAGGAACUUCGUCUCGCGGCCGGUCCAUGUCCUGGCCCACAACGUCUACCGAGCGGUGAAGAGAAAAGGAGGGAGGGAGGUCGGCGCCGGUGCUGGCUACAAGGCUCUGUCGCUGGAAGAGCAGGACGGCGACCGGACGCCCAUGAUUACAGACCCGUCUUGACAUUUUCCGGCGCAUUGCAUUAGAGCCCCUAAACCUGCUGAAUUAUCGGGAUUUAGAUGUCAUGUCAUGAGCAUUUUUGCGAAAAGGAUGUUCUUGUGUCGCUUCAUCGGGCAUGGCCACAGGAAUAUCUAUGUAGCAUCUUCCUUUUCUUGCGAGUAGAGGUAAUGAAUGAUGUCACGAACGAUUAAUACGAGUAUUUUUUAUCAA